AUGGAGUUUCUGGCCGGACCCUGGAAUAAAGAUUGGGCUUCAUUCUUGCAAUUUUGGUUGACUGUCAUCCUAAGCCUCCAAAUGCAGUUCAGGCCGGGCGCCUCUUGCCCCAAGGAGUGUCGUUGUGACAACCAGUUUGUGUACUGCAAUGAACGCAGCCUGACAUCAGUGCCUCUGGGGAUUCAGGAAGGCUUCAAAGUUCUCUUCCUACACAACAACCAGAUAAACAAUGCUGGAUUCCCUAUGGAACUUCACAAUCUUGCCUCGGUAGAGACCGUGUAUCUCUAUGGCAACCAGUUGGAUGAGUUCCCUAUCAAUCUGCCCAAAAACACCAAAAUCCUGCAUCUCCAGGAGAACAAUAUCCAGACCAUCUCUCGGGCAGCCCUGGCCCAGCUGACCCAACUGGAAGAGCUGCACCUUGAUGAUAACUCCAUCUCCACAGUGGGGGUGGAGGAAGGGGCCUUUAGAGAGGCGCUAAGCCUCAAACUCCUCUUCCUCACUAAGAACCACUUAAGCAGUGUUCCCAUUGGCCUCCCUGAGGACCUAAAAGAGCUACGGUUGGAUGAAAACCGUAUUGCCAUCAUUGCGGAGGAGGCCUUUCAGAAUGUGACACGUCUGCAGCGCCUCCUGCUGGACGGGAACCUGCUGACAGAUGAGGGCAUUGCACCAGGAACUUUCCAGGAACUGGCAAACCUUCGUGAGCUGGCCCUGGGCCGCAAUUCACUCACUUUCCCCCCUCCCCUCCUGCCCAGCCAGUCGCUGGUCAAACUCAGUCUGCAGGAGAACCAGAUAGACCAGAUCCCUGUGGCGGCUUUUGCUGCCUUAAAUAGGCUGGAAAGACUGGAUAUCUCAAGCAACCAGCUUCAGACUCUUACACAGGGAGUGUUUGAUGGUCUUUCAAGCUUAAAGCAUCUCAUGGUGCGAAAUAACCCCUGGCGUUGUGACUGUGGUGUGAAAUGGGUGGUGGUAUGGCUCAAGGCGUUACCUUCAUCCAUCAAUGCCAGAGGCUUCGUGUGCCUGAGUCCAGACAAGGUGCGUGGCAUGGCAAUCAGAGAGCUCACGCUGGAUAUUAUUGAGUGUCCAGUAGAAGUGGACCAGCCACCCUGGCCAACCCUUCGAUCAACACCCCCUCCCCCACCCACAACAACCCCUUUCACCACCAUGAUCUCCACACUCAUCACCACAUCCAUUCCUCACUAUCCUAACUCACCCUCCCCUCCUCUACCCCCAAUCCAUCACAACCCUCCCGGGCCCUUGCCUCCUUACGAGGACCCUCUUCGGAUCUCCUUCCAUGUGGUCAACUCCACCAACAUCGAGGUGAGCUGGGCUUCCUAUUUCACCGUCACAGCUUACAAGGUAACUUGGGUCAAAAGGGGCCAAAGCCAAAUCAACGAAGGAAUGCGAGAAAGGACCGUGACCGGAGACCGGCGGCACAUCAGCCUCACCAACUUGGAGCCUCGGUCUGUGUAUCGUAUCUGUGUGCACGUUCUGGACACCCUUAACUCCUACAGGCCCGGAGAGGAUACUAUAUGCUCUGAGGCCAGGACCAAGUCUGCUGUGACUACUAAGCCUCCUGGCGGGGAGCAAGCUCCUCAGGAGAGCAUCAACUCGACUCUGCUAAUGGCUGGGAUCAUUGGUGGAGCGGUGCUUAUCAUUCUGAUAACGCUGCUCAGUCUGUUUUGCUGGCACAUGCACAGGAAGAACCGGUCAUCUUCGACCAAGUGGAAAUACAACCGCGGUCGGAGAAAAGACGACUACUGCGAGGCUGGAACCAAGAAGGAUAACUCCAUUCUUGAGAUGACUGAGACCAGUUUCCAGAUAGUGGCGCUGAACAAUGAGCAGCUGCUUAAGGGAGAUUUCCGCAUUCAGCCCAUCUACACGCCCAACGGGGGCAUUGGAUUUAGAGACUGUCACCUCAGUAACAACAGCAUAGCCUACUGCAAGAGCAGCAACGUGCCCAGUACAGAGUUCUGCCACACGUGA